CAGUCACUGCUACCAGGUAAAAUGGCGAAGAAAGGAGUUCAGCUGGACUGGGAAACCUUCUCUUGUUCCAUCUGUCUGGAUCUACUGAAGGAUCCGGUGACUACUGCAUGCGGCCACAACUACUGCAUGAAUUGUAUAAAAGGCUUCUGGGAUGAAGAGGAUCAUAAGCAGAGCCACAGCUGCCCUCAGUGCAGGCAGACGUUCACCCCGAGGCCCGUGCUGCUGAAAAACACCCUGCUAGCAGUGUUAGUGGAGGAGCUGAAGAAGACGCGAGUCCAGGCUGCUCCAGUUGAUCACCGCUAUGCUGGAGCCGAAGAUGUCGCCUGUGAUGUCUGCACCGGAAGAAAACUGAAAGCAUUCAAGUCCUGUUUGAUGUGUUUGAUCUCUUACUGUGAGGAACACAUUCAGCUUCAUUUUGAAUCCCCUGCCUUCGACAAACACAAGCUGGUGGCGCCCUCCGAGGAGCUGCACGACAACAUCUGCUCACUUCACAAUGAGGUGAUGAAGAUGUUCUGCCGUUCGGAUCAGCAGAGUAUCUGUUACCUGUGCCCUGUGGACGAACACAAAGGCCACGACACGGUCUCGGCUGCAGCAGAGAGAGCUGAGAGGCAGAAAGAGCUGGAGGGGACUCGUCUGGACAUCCAGCAGAGGAUCCAGGGCCGAGAGAAAGAUGUGAAGCUGCUUCACCAGGAGGUGGAGGCUAUCAACAGCUCCGCUGAUAAAGCCGUGCAGGACAGCGAGAAGAUCUUUGCCGAGCUGAUCCGUCUCAUGGAGAAAAGAAGCUCCGAUGUGAAGCAGCAGGUCAGGGCGCAGCAGAAAAGUGAAGUGAGUCGAGUCAGAGAGCUUCAGGAGAAGCUGGAGCAGGAGCUCGCCGAGCUGCAGAGGAAAGAUGGAGAGCUGAAGAAGCUCUCCCACACAGAGGAUCACACCCAGUUCCUACACAACUACAUCUCACUCUCACCACUCAGUGAAUCUACACCCAGCAUCAAGGCCCGUCCUCUGAGAUACUUUGAGGACGGGACAGCGGCUGUGUCGGAAGUCAGAGAUAAACUGCAGGACGUCCUGAGUGAGAGCUGGACAAACGUCUCACUGAAGGUGACUGAAGUGGAUGUUUUGCUGCCACAACCAGAACCCAAGACCAGAGCCGACUUCUUAAAGUAUUCACGUGAAAUCACUCUGGACUCAAACACAGCAAACACGUAUCUGUUACUAUCUGAGGGGAACAGAAAAGCAAAGCGAAUGAUCAAAGUACAGUCUUGUUCUUGUUCUAGUCACCCAGACAGAUUUACCUAUUAUAAGCAGGUCCUGAGUAGAGAGAGUCUGACUGGGCAUUGUUACUGGGAGGUGGAGAGGAGUGGAAGAGUUUAUGUAGCAGUUGCCUACAAGAACAUCAGCAGAGGGAGCUCUUUUGAAUGUAAAUUUGGUCUAAAUGACAAAUCUUGGGUGUUAGAUUGUGACAAAAACAGGUAUACAUUGUGGUACAACAACGUCCAAACUCCUCUUUCAGGUCCUCAGUCAUCCAAAGUAGGUGUGUACCUGGAUCACAGUGCAGGUACUCUGUCCUUCUACAGCAUCUCUGACACCAUGACUCUCCUCCACAGAGUCCAGACCACGUUCACUCAGCCUCUCUAUGCUGGACUAUGGGUUUAUAAUGAUGGAUCCACUGCUGAGCUGUGUAAACUGAAAUAGACAGAAAUCAUUUAAGGGUUAUAUUCUGUAAAAACUCUUCUGCCUGCACAGAGAUCGUCUGUCAGUCAACAAAUUAUGGGUGAUACUCUGACAUCUUGUCAUUAGUUGUGUAAAUGUUUAAGCUUCUUUAGGCGGCUUCUCCUGUGUUUGAAAUGUUUGAUUAAUACGUGUAUUGAUGUAUUAGAAUUUUGUUGUUUUUAUUCAAUUGCAUGCGUCUAAAGAGAGAAAGCAGACCUCUUGUAUACAUACUUUGUACCUUGAAAAUCUAUUAUCACAUGUACAUGUUUAGCAGAUCAGAUGUUGCUGUAAUGAGCUACUAUAGACCUGAAAUGAUUAUCUAAUUAUAAUUAAUAAGGAGAUCCUUAUUCUCUUUUACAUAUCAGAGAUUCUUUUCAAACAAACUGAUUGUGCAGGGGAUGAAGUGAAUCUUUCCAUAAAAUCACUGAACAGACUUUGCUGAUGGGAUGUUUGAACCAUG